UUUGUAUUAUGCAUGCCACAUAUAUGCUAUAUAUUCUCUAAAGAAAAUCUUUGUUGGUUGGCAAUCGAUAAAAGUCGAUUCGAAAUAAGGUACGAUACGAGAGUACCAAUAGGCUGUUACUUCAUUCUGCUUCGAACUAUCCAAGUAGAUCGUCGCGUUUGAUCUUCAACUUUCAAUUACGAUACAAUCAACUGCGAAAUGCCAAUUAAAAGUAUCAAGGCACGUCAAAUUUUUGACUCCCGUGGUAACCCAACCGUAGAGGUCGACUUAGUCACGGAAUGUGGUCUUUUUCGGGCCGCUGUACCAUCAGGCGCGUCGACAGGAGUCCACGAAGCUCUUGAACUUAGAGACAACGACAAAUCUAAAUAUCAUGGAAAAUCUGUAUUCAAAGCCGUAGACAACAUCAACACUAUUAUCGCCCCUGAAUUAUUGAAGGCCAACCUGGAAAUUACCCAACAAACAGAUAUCGACAAUUUCCUUCUCAAACUAGACGGAACCCCCAACAAGUCCAAACUUGGCGCCAAUGCGAUCUUAGGCGUUUCAUUGGCAGUUUGUAAAGCGGGAGCUGCCAAGAAAGGAAUACCGUUGUACAAAUACAUCGCAGAAUUGGCUGGAAACAAAGAAAUCAUCUUACCGGUUCCUGCUUUCAACGUGAUCAAUGGCGGAUCCCACGCUGGCAACAAAUUGGCCAUGCAAGAAUUUAUGAUCUUACCAACGGGUGCUGGCAGUUUCACCGAAGCUAUGAAAAUGGGCAGCGAAGUAUAUCAUCAUCUCAAGGCAGGAAUUAAAAAGAAGUUUGGUUUGGACGCUACUGCGGUUGGCGACGAGGGUGGUUUCGCUCCCAAUAUUUUGGAAAACAAGGAAGCUUUGAAUUUGAUCAUAGAUGCCAUUAAGAUAGCCGGAUACGAGGGAAAGAUAAAGAUCGGUAUGGACGUAGCCGCAUCCGAAUUUUACAAAAACGGAAAGUACGAUUUAGAUUUCAAGAACGAAAAGUCCGACCCUAGCAAGUAUUUGGAUCCGGAAGCUCUUAAAAACCUAUACUUGGAAUUCGUUAAAGAUUUCCCAAUCGUAUCGAUCGAAGAUCCGUUCGAUCAAGAUGCUUGGGAUUCUUGGUCAGCCAUGACAGCCGCUACUCCUAUUCAGAUAGUGGGCGAUGAUCUCACCGUGACAAAUCCAACGAGAAUCAAGACGGCGGUCGAGAAGAAGGCUUGCAAUUGUCUUCUAUUGAAGGUCAAUCAAAUCGGUACGGUUACCGAAUCGAUCAACGCUCACAACUACGGUAAAGAAAACGGAUGGGGCACCAUGGUGUCCCAUCGUUCCGGAGAAACGGAAGACACGUUCAUCGCCGAUUUGGUCGUUGGUCUGUCGACCGGUCAAAUCAAAACUGGCGCACCCUGUCGUUCCGAACGUUUAGCCAAGUACAAUCAAAUCCUUCGUAUAGAGGAAGAACUUGGAUCGGCUGCCAAAUUUGCCGGAGAGAAAUUCCGUAAUCCACAUGCUUAAGAAGGAAAUUGUCGUCUAUGUUACGCGCCUUAUUACGAAGCUCGUUUGUGAAGUACAUUAAAGUGAUAAGUUUACGUAAUAACGACGUGUUGCGUAUUUUUAGAAACAGCUUCAUUACGUAGAUCAAAUGUACUCUACCGAUUCUUUUUCUUUUUCUUCCCGUCCUCCUCAUGUGUUUUUUUUUUUUUAUAAUAACAAUAAAAAAUCCGUUUAAGUUGUAAUUUAUCGUACAACAAAUAUUACAUUUAUAUUUAUGAUUGUAACAUAUUGGUCAAAACAUAGAUAAGUAUUAUACAGCGUUAAUUCGAUGCGAAACCAAGUUUCAUUGAUAUAAAUAGAAAAUUGUUAUAUUUAUCCUCUAGAAGAGCUAAACAUUGUUAUGAGAAACAUAUCUGUGCAAAUGAAUCGAUAAAUAAACGUAAAGUCUGUAAAAAAGGUA